GAACAGAGGAAGUCGUCUUUGGGAAGGUUGGAGGAAGCAUCCUCCUUCUCUGCCGAAAUGUCUCCAAAGAAGCAACCGAGGUGGUCUGGUUUCAAGGGGAUCCGCACUCCUUCCCCCCACUCUUCUCCUCAAGGGUUGCCUUCCCCCCGGACGUCCGUUUCUCCCUGGUUGACAACAGCUCGCUGCGCAUCACAGAGCUGCGUGUGCAGGACGAAGGCAACUACACCUGCAAGGAAGUGCUGAACAAGACGGACCACGAGCACCGCGUCCAGCUCCUGGUAGCCAAUCCACCACAGUCAACCCCAAAGUGCUGGGCCGAGACCUCCUCGUCGGGGCUGAUGCUGCAGCUGUUCUGCAGCUGGCCUGGGGGGUAUCCCCACCCCACCCUGCACUGGAGAGAAGAGGGCCACGAUCUGGAGAACUCAAGCUGGAUCAUCAGCUCCGCGAGCUCCUCGGACACCCACGUGGAAACGCUGAACAGCUCCCACCUCUCCCACCGCCAAGUGUUCAAGUGCGUGGGGAGCCACGUUGUCAAGCAGGAGGAGCCUGCGUGCUCCGUGGAGAUCAAAAUCCCUUCGCUGGAAUCGGAGCCCCCAAAGACCUGCUUUGUGGGUGACAAUGUGACCCUGACGUGCCGUGUGACGGAGAGCACCCCGGGGGCGAGGCUCACCUGGCUGCGGGACAUCGCCCAGCCGGAGGUGGAGAUCCAGUCUGGAGGGAGGUACCUCAUCGCCCAGGAGGGCAACGUGUCCCAGCUGACCAUCCAGAACUGCUCCCAGGGCGCCGACGGGGGCUGUUACGUCUGCAAGGCGCAGAACCCCGUGGGGCUGAGGGAGCUCUUCGUCUGCCUCACAGUGAAGCACCCAGAGAACAUCGUUGGGGUCGUGGGUGCAGUGGUGGUCCUGUCCCUGCUGGUUGUUCUCACUGUCACCGGGGUCGUCUUGUACUACAAUCCCCUCCUGUGCCUGAGAGGUGCUGCCUUCAG